AAGAAAUGUAAUUCAUCAAUUGAUUUUUUUAUCAUAUAUCAUAUACUAUCCUUGUGCUUUGGAAAAAAAAUUACAUAUCAAGGCUACAUUUACAGCCAACUAACAUUAAAUGCAUUAUGACAGUGUACUGUAGAUUUAAUAAAAUAAUACUGACACCUUUGCACAUUUAUACAAAGUACAUUUUUAAUUGUUUGAUAUAAACAUAAGUGUUUUUGGAUUCUCAAAUGCCCUGAAGAAAUAAAAAGCAACUUUUUUCUAAAUUCUUUUUAUUUUUUUACUUUGCUGCUGUUACUAUAAAGAGAUAUAUAUGUAAAAAUGAUCAAUACUGACCCUUUUAAAGCAACAAAUCUAACAAAAAAAAUAAGCUUUACUGCAAUUCUUUUAAUUUUAGUGAGUCCUCGCCAAAAAAAGGGAUUGUAAAAAGGAAAAGGGGACUGUUUUGUUAUUGGACAGCGCGGUGAUGACUCAUGGAGGUGCUGCAAAGGGAUCAGUGAGUUCAGAGCGAUAGUUGCAUUGGUUUUUUAACACAUAUUGUCUACUUUUUCAUCUCAAAAUAAAUUCAAACGUGUUCAAGAAAACUGAUUUAAAUCAAACCAUCACAAUAAAGAUGUGGGGCAAAAAGAAUAUAACAACUUUUUUCACGUAUGUCCCCCAAAAAAACAAGAUAUAAAAAAAAGUAGAAGCUCCCUUUAUCAUGAUGAUAAAACAUUCAUUUGGAAGUUUUACUGCUUCCCAUAAAACAAGCAGCUGCUUUUUGUCUGACUUAAUGAUUUGGAAAUCAAGAAUUCCUGAUGAGGAAACAGAAAAAUAGCUUUCACCACAAACUCAUUCAUAACAAAGAGUAAAAGUCUGACAAAUGUUUUGUGGUUUUGUACAUCCGACUGACCUGACUUUUUGCAUAAUUUCAAAACUAAUUUAAAAUGGUUUACAGUAAUUCACUUUACUCACUGACAGUGACUCACUGCUUGCUUUGUGCAUUAGGAUGUGCCAGACUCCUAUUUUUGAUUACACAUGCUGGUGAUUUUGAAACAUAACCGACACUUCUGACUUUUUGAACAUGUAAGAGACACUUGGUCCCUGUUCAAGUUCUACACUAAACACAGACCCCUCUAAAGCCAGACGACAGAUUAGUCUGGCAAUAUUUGUCGGAUUUGGAUCCAGAAUAUAAAAAUAAAAAAAUCUGUGGAAAAAAAAAUCUGCAUUUCCAGUGAGUCAGUGUGGUGUCAUGGCAUGCACUUUGAAUCUUCUGACUUACCAGAAUAUGUUGAACCCAACAUGGUCCUUCGUUGAGGCAGAGGGGGCAGUGGAGGAGGGGACCGUAGGAAGUAGAGGGAACUAUUUAAACAAGGGGGUUCAAAAGAGAAACAACCUUUAAGGCUCUUACAGGAGGAUCAGAGUCAGAACACUAACAUUUGCAGGUAAAGAGCUAUUUUUUUUAUUGUUAUAUUUCAUUAUCAUGACUAAAUGUAUUUUAAAGCCAAUGUUUGCUUUCUCUUUUAGGAUGUACAUGCCUCUUGCACUUGUGUAUGCAUCUUUUUUGACACUCCCUGCAUCCACGAGUCCUGCCACAAAAGGAAAUGUAAUCCAGAUCCAGGUACACAACAUUGUAAACCUCGCUCAGACAACUGUGGCCCACAUUAGGAAACUAAGGAUGCAGCUGUUAAUGGCUCCACCAAUUGAGAUCACCACUCCUCCAAUAAAGGGACUUGCCAGCUUCAGCCAUUACCUUAAACACUUGGAUAAUGAACUGCAGAGCCCUGACACUGAUCUCCUCAGUCAGAUCCAGGCAGACGUCUCCAGCCUGGAUGGAAAAGUUCAGUCGCUCGGUUUGAUGAUGAACUGUCCCUUCCAGCCCAGACCCACAGCAGAGGUCAGCCGCUUUCUGUUUCCAGACAUUCACCACUACUGGACCAUAGCCAAGGUGGAGAACUACCUGGAAAGCCUCCACCUGAACAGAGACAAGCUUAAGGUCUGCUGAAAAAGCCAUGACACCAAACCAUGAAAAAAUAUAUAUAUUUUUUUUAUCAUACCAGAGGUAAAGAAGUAUUUUUACUUGAUUACUUUUUGAAGUGGGUAAUCUAGAAGCUUUUUAUUUGCGGUUAAAGGGUACUGUGUACUACAACAUGGCAUCUGCAAAGGUUAUUAAAAAUGAAAAGAUUUCUGCAGAUGUGAAAAAAAGUAAUUGCAAAUGUUCAAUAAUAAGCCUAAAUGUAAAACUAUACUUUUAAAAAACAAAAAUGUAUUAAUUGUUUCUUGAAAGAAAAUCUUGCCUCUUUUUUUUUAAGGGGAAUUUUUUUAUGGAAUUGCACAAACAUAUUGGAAAAAGUGCUUGUUUCUUUCAUCUCUGCUGAAGAUUGUUUGAGCAGUAAUAUCAUUAACUGGUUACUUUUUUACUCAUUUAUCUUCAGAUACACAUUUUAGACAUGAUUUUAAUUGAUUUUUUUCAUCAGUAUACUUCAACUUCUUUUUGGCGGAUUUAAUUAACUUUGUCAAAGCAAUUUGAGUUGGUCAAUCUUCUAUAGGAGAGUAAAAGUGAAGAAAACUGAUGCUGAGGAGACAUUUAAAGAUGUGAGUUGUGAUUUAUGCCAGCAAAUGGAUGCAUGGUGUGAAUGUUUUGAGAAAGGUGUGAAUUGCAUGAGACUCCAGCUUGGUGUGAGACACCACAGAGCUGCUAUUCCUUAAAGCAGGUCAGCGGCAUUAGUCUACUUUUUAGGCCAGUAGGACAUUUGACGGCCUGUUUCUUCAGAAUAUUUCCAGCUAUGCUUUUAUUUUGCAACCUGACAGCAAUCAGUGCUCUUAAGACAAAAAAAAUGAUCAAAAUAAAAUAAAGUAAAUGUUAGAAGACUACAAUAGAAAAAGAGACAAUAUAGAUUAAAAAAAAAGAUUCUUCAAAGAGGCCUCAGCGUUAGCAGGGCUUGUUGGUUUUUGGGUCCCGCUCCUCAAUACAAAGAGCACCAUCUCCCAAUUGGCCCGUUGUUUCAUGGCUCACCAGAGCAUAAACUGGUAUAUUCGUCUUUCACCACAGUGACAAGAGCUUUGCAGAGGCUGACCUGCUUUAUUGCUGCCUGCUUUAGGCCUCACCCUCUUAUGCCCACUUCAAUAAACUGCAACAAAAACCUGAUUCACUCGACUUUUACUGUAGAUUCUGGUUUCCUUCCAGCCACUGAGCCUCUACUGCCAGCUUUUACGGCACUUUUCUUCCACAUCUUUAAUGGUCAGUGUGAUAAAGUUAAAAAAAGAAAAAACGAAGCAAAUGCAUUUCGUUAAAAUCCUUUUUUUAAUUGUGCAUAUGAUGAAGUACACACGUUGUUUGGAUAAAGGAGUUAAAUCCACAUUUGGGAUGCAAACAUUUUACUUCUCAUUUUGUGCUUUCUUCUUUAAAAAUCCCAAAAGCGUACAAACCGCUUUCUGUCAUGUUGCUACAUAAAAACUGAUCAUGCUCAAAUAAAGCAACAAGAUGGUUUAAAAGA